AGGCAUAAGAUGGUGAAGUCUAACAAUUGCCUGAUGACAAUUGUUAAUGGACCGGAUUCCAGCGAUAUGAGGUAUGUGACAGAACAUUAUGAGAAUGGACGACUGGCGGACGGCUUCUCUUGGAGAAAGACAAUUAAGCCAGGCGACGAAAGGGUUGUUCUCAGCUAUGAAAAAGAUUGGUCAUGGGCAGGAUGUUCAGGAUACGUAACCUACAGGAUGUUCGACACCAACAUCACCAUUGCCUUCUCCAAUCCAUUUAUGGCAACCAACAAGCUAGGAGUCGGGACCGGCGGCAGGAAAGUGUGGGAGGAGAUGAGUAGCCAUGAUUACAACGAGUUUCUCGUUGAUGUAACUGCCAACGAUGACAAGAAAACGAGGAUAAGGUUCGAGUGUAUGUGCACGGGCGGAACAACCACCACAUGUACUGUCAAUAUAAAAGCAUAUACAAACUAGUUGCACUGAGCAGCUUUUUAUCCGGCUUACGUCACCGUGUAGGCGCGUAUUUUCAUGUCAUUGUCAUGUCGUUUUCGUCACCUGUUGUAGGUUGUUCGCUUAAAAAAGGCUUACAAAAGGGGGUCGCGGGCACCCCAGUACCCCCUUGGCUACGCCCCUGCACACAACGGCCACUUUCCUUUGUCCCCAAGGUGGCCUUUGUUGAGAGGUGAGGUUCGACUGUAUCAUUAAGAUUAAGAAUUAGCCAAUCGGAUUUUGUGUAGUUAUAAGGCCUGCACUUGCGUUCAUUAGUAUUAAGCUUUGGUAUUGCUCUGUAUCAACGAGCACUGUGUUUACUUUAGGCGAUAGAACAGUGACGUUAAAACUGUAACAAUAAGAACGUCAGUCACAUUUUUAAUGGAACACAUGGUUGUCUGUUGCUAACCGUUAGAUACUUUGCAUAUCAACUGAGCAGCUACGUUAGUACACAACGACUGGUUUACUUAGAUCAAAGCCUAGGGAUCAAAGUAAUAUUUAUCAGAACCUAGAAAGGCGUACGUUUUGUUACUAUCAUGAAGAUUGAGAAUUAGCCAAUCGGAUGUUUUGUAGAUAUCAAGCCUACACCUCUUUGUGUCAGCAAGCACCUGUGUUUAUGUUUGAUGAUAUAAAACAAGGUGUGAAAAUAACUUGAAAACUGACGUAAAUCGAUUACCAAGGAUCGUUCUAAACACGUGGUUUAGCUUUAAAGUAUCUACAAAGUUUAUUCUACAUUAAAGACUUUGCUGUGUUCCAUAA